CACUCGGGUCAUCACGAGGAGUCUUUACAAGCAAGUCGCAACCGCUCCACACUUUCUCCUCCUCUGCCUCUCUCUCCCCGUCCCUGCCCUGGCUCCUUGUGCCCUCUCUGGGCUCUCAUAAGUCAUAGUAACCAACACGAUCGAAAUCCCUCCACCACCAUCCUGCGAGUCGUGCGCGGUUGCAUUGCACUGUCUCAUGCAUUGCGCUGCACACCGCUAGCAAGAAGCAAGAUCGGUCGAUCUCCCUCCGUCGACCCCGGCCGAUCUCGUCCGGUGUGCUUUGGCCCGGCGCCUGGCAGGCAGGCAGGCAUGGGGAAGGAGCAGGCGGCGCCGUGGCGGCUCAACGUCAGCGACCUCCAGUUCCAGAUGCCGGAGCGGGCCAAGGAGCCGCCGCCCUUCGCCAGCCGCGUCUUCAUGCGUGGCCACGGGAAACAAAGGAAAAUCGCAAAGUACUACGAGAAGCAGGAGAGUCUUCUCAAGGAUUUCAGCGAGAUGGAGAGCAUGAAUGAGCUCGGUUUCUUGGAUCAGAACAGUGCUCCUACCGAGGAAGAGCUGCGGCAAUUGGCCAAGGGCGAAAAGCUGGCGAUCAACCUGUCCAACAUCAUCAACCUGGUGCUGUUCGUCGGGAAAGUCGUCGCUUCCGUCGAGACCCAGUCGAUGGCAGUGAUCGCGUCGACGCUGGACUCGCUGCUGGAUCUCCUCUCAGGGUUCAUCCUCUGGUUCACGGCGCACGCCAUGAAGAAGCCCAACAAGUACAGCUACCCGAUCGGCAAGAGGCGCAUGCAGCCAGUGGGGAUCGUGGUGUUCGCGUCGGUGAUGGGGUGCCUGGGGUUCCAGGUGCUGAUCGAGUCGGGGCGGGAGCUGGUGACGCAGGAGCACACCACGUUCGACACCUGGAAGGAGAUGUGGAUGGUGGGCAGCAUGUCGUCCGUGGCCGUCGUCAAGUUCUUCCUCAUGCUCUACUGCCGGACCUUCAAGAACGAGAUCGUCCGGGCCUACGCGCAGGACCACUUCUUCGACGUCAUCACCAACUCCGUCGGCCUCGUCAGCGCGCUGCUCGCCGUCAAGUACAAAUGGUGGAUGGACCCCGUCGGAGCCAUACUGAUCGCGCUGUACACGAUCACCACGUGGGCGCGGACGGUGCUGGAGAACGUGGGCACGCUGAUCGGGAGGUCGGCGCCGGCCGAGUACCUCACCAAGCUCACCUACCUCAUCUGGAACCACCAUGAGGAGAUCCGGCACAUCGACACGGUGAGGGCAUACACCUUCGGGACGCACUACUUCGUGGAGGUGGACGUGGUGCUCCCCGGCGACAUGCCGCUCAGCCAGGCGCACGACAUCGGGGAGGCGCUGCAGGAGAAGCUGGAGCAGCUGCCCGAGGUGGAGCGUGCCUUCGUGCACGUCGACUUCGAGUUCACCCACCGCCCAGAGCACAAGGCCGACGUCUGAUCUCUCUCAUCAUGCUCUUCUCCUGAAAUAUGCAUGGUAUUGAGAAUGUAUGUGUGUGCAUGCCCUGUUUUUUGCCAUGCCUUUCACUUGAAUCUCCUGGUAGGCAGUUGUAUAACGGCUGUGACCUUAAAGGUCAUGUCGCGUCUUAAAUUAUCACUCCCAAGCCGAGGUAUAGGUAUUGCCCAAAGUGUACUCUUUGGUUAUCGCUUCAUAGGGUUUCGAACAUAAUCGUCGGUAUCUCUCCUUGCAUGCUUUCUCUUCUCUCGAGUCAAUAGAAAGACAACGUGUGAUCUCUCUUUGAAUUCUCAA